GUCAGAGAGGCAGCCACACUGCAGUCGAGACUAGUCUCUGUUUCUGUCUAAAGAAAAUACAAACUGAGUUCAUCAGAUCUUUCUGAACAACACAGCAGAGUCUCUGAUAAACACUGGUGUAGAUAUGGCUGCAGUUAGUUGUACAUCAUCUGAAGAUCAGUUCCUCUGCUCCAUCUGUCUGGAUGUGUUCACUGAUCCAGUCACUUUACAAUGUGGACACAACUUCUGUAAAGACUGCAUCACUGAACACUGGGAUAGAAGUGACAGGUGCCAGUGUCCCAUGUGUAAAGAGGCUUUUACCACAAGACCAGAUUUGAAAGUCAACACUUUCAUCUCUGAGAUGGUGGCUCAGUUCAGACAGUCGGCUCAACAGAAAGCCAGCAGCAGCAGCAGCAGCAGCAGCAGCAGCAGCAGCAGCAGCAGCUCAGAGCAACAAGUCUUCAAACCAGCAGAAGUUCCCUGUGACGUCUGCACUGAAACCAAACUGAAGGCCCUGAAGUCCUGCCUGGUGUGUCUGACCUCCUACUGUGAGACUCACCUGGAGCCUCAUCUGACAAUGUCAGGUCUGAAAAGACAUCAGCUGAUCGACCCUGUGGAGAACCUGGAAGACAGGAUGUGUCCGAAGCACGAUAAACCUCUGGAGCUGUUCUGUAAGACCGACCAGACAUGUGUCUGCAUGCUCUGCCAUGUUUCAGACCACAAGAUGCAUGAUGUGGUUCCUCUCAAAGAAGAAUAUGAAGGGAAGAAGGCUGAGCUUGAGACAGACAUUCAGCAGAUGAUCCAGAAGAGACAACUGAAGAUUGAGGAGAUCAAACACUCAGUGGACCUCAGUAAGGAAGAAGCAGACAGAGAGAUAGCAGAAGGAGUUCAGGUCUUCACUGCUCUGAAGGAGUCUGCUGAGAGAGGUCAGGCCAAUCUCAUCAACACGAUCAAAGAGAAGCAGAAAACUACUGAAAACCAGGCGGAAGAUUUCAUCAAAGAGCUGGAACAGGAAAUCUCUGACCUGAAGAAGAGAAGCUCUGAGGUGGAGCAGGUCACACACUCUGCAGACCACCUCCAUCUUCUCCAAAGAUUCAUGUCCCUUAAAGUUGCUCCACCCACCAAGGACUGGACAGAGGUCAGCAUCCAUUCAUCACAUGAGGGGACUGUGGUGAGAGCUGUGGUUCAGCUGGAGGAGACACUCAGCCAAGAGAUGAAGAAGCUGCUUGAAGCUGAACUGAAGAGGGUCCAGAAGUACGCAGUGGAUGUGACUCUUGAUCCUGAUACAGCACAUCCUAAACUCAUUCUGUCUGAUGAUGGAAAACAAGUGAGUCUUGGUGAUGUAAAGAAGAAUCUACCAAACAACCCAGAGAGAUUUUGUGAUUGUAUUCGUGUUUUAGGAAAGCAGAGUUUCUCUUCAGGCAGAUUUUACUUUGAGGUUCAAGUUAAAGGAAAGACCAGAUGGGAUUUAGGAGUGGCCAGAGAGUCGAUCAACAGGAAGAGAGGAGUCUCACUGAGCCCUGAGGGUGGUUACUGGACAACAAGUUUGAGAAUUGGAAAUGAGUACAAAGCUCUUGAUGAUCCUUCAGUCCUUCUCUCUCUGAAGUCUCGGCCUAAGAAGGUGGGGGUGUUUGUGGAUUAUGAGGAGGGUUUGGUCUCCUUUUAUGACGUAGAUGCUGCAGCUCUGAUCUACUCCUUUACUGGCUGCUCCUUCACUGAGAAACUUUACCCAUUCUUUGGUCCCUGUAAUAAUGAUGGUGGUAAAAACUCUGCACCUCUGAUCAUCUCUCCUGUCAGAGUCAACUAAUCACAUCCUAUUGCAUGUAUUGAUUUAUUCCCAUUCAAGGUAAUAAACAAACACAUUUAGUAUCAAAACUGUAUAGAUUUCAUCUUAUUUUCUACAUAAUCUGUUUACUGUGUGGAUUUGUUCACACUAAAUUGUUAAGAUUUUUGAUAUUAUGUAUCCCAUAGUCAACACUAAAUUGAUGCAUCCAUCUUUGUGGAGAAUGAAUAUCCAGUCAAUCCUCCGAUGAAGCCACAAACAUUAUUUUUCACUUCAAGAAUAAAUCACCGUUUGUUAUCAAAUAUGUCACAUUUGAAUGUUGCUAAAUUACUCUAAAGUAAACAUUUUGUUAUUAUUUGAUGUGCAGCCAAAAAAAAACACAUGUUGGAAUAUUUGUAUAUGUUUUACUAUUUAUAUAAUAAUGUAAUUAAGGCUACGCCCAUUCCAUGCCUUCAAUAUGUAGAGAACACAGUUUUUGUUAUUGUUAUUCUAGCAUGUAACAUUUUUAGACAAAUGAAAUUAAAGUAUACAUGCCAACAUAAUUUUCUUUUUUGUAGGAAAGGUGGUUUGGAUAAUUACUAAUAACUUGGUGUAUGUAAUCUGUAAAUAUGUGACUGUUCAAUCAAAACUGUAAAAUAAACUACUUAUUGAACAUAAGGCUGGUUUACAGUUAAGUUGUUUAUGACAAAUGCAUUGUGUUUCCUGUAAACCCUUCAUCAACCCAGCACAGGGAUGAUGGACUCUGCCACCAAGAAGACUCAUCUGUCUUCCUUUUUUCAUUAAAACAUUUCAAGAAUUGUACCAAUCAUUAAAGGAUAUCAGACAAGGCAAA